GCAGGCAGGCGGGCGGGCGGGCGGGCAGGCAAGGCGCGCCGUGCCAAGUCAGGCAGGCUGCCCUCUUAUCUCUUCCCAGAAGGGAAGAGGUAGGAGUCCGGGGGCAGGGUCUGAGGAGGGAGAGCGAGCGAGCGAGCGCGGGCUUUUAUAAGCUGGCGCUCCCAGGCUCCGUUCUCGCCACCGCCGCUCCUGGUGAGGAUGAUGCCUCCGGCUCCGGGCGUCCUGCUGCUGCUGCUGCUCUGCCUCCGAGCGACGCUCGCCCUGGAUGACCCCCUCAACCCCCCCAAUCAUCCCGCCACGGAGGAAGGAGCCCUCCUUUUCGCUCAGGACUACAACAGCACCGCCGAAACGGUCUUCUUCGAGAGCGUCUCUGCCAGCUGGAAUUACAACACCAACCUGACCGAUUUUAACUCCCAGCUGCAGGUAGCAGCCUCUUUGAAGGAGCAAGAAUUCAUAGAAGCUUGGGGAAAGAAAGCAAAAGAAAGCUAUGGACACAUCUGGCAGAAUUUCAGUGAUCCUCAACUAAAGCAUAUCAUCAGUUCAAUCCAAACCUUAGGACCGUCCAAUUUACCUGUGGUUAAACGGGAAAGGUAUAACACUAUCCUGAGUGAGAUGGACAAUAUUUACUCUACUGCCAAGGUGUGUCCACCAAAUCAGAACUCAAACUGUUGGGCUCUUGAACCAGAGAUAACUGACAUCAUGGCCAAUUCUCGUAGUUACAGAAAACUGCUCUAUGCCUGGGAAGGAUGGCACAACUCAGCUGGCAAUCCUCUAAGAUCCAAGUAUGAGGAAUUUGUUUCACUAAGCAAUGAAGCUUAUGAAAAGGAUGGCUUCAAGGAUACUGGUGCUUACUGGCGUUCCUGGUAUGACUCACCAACUUUUGAGGAUGAUCUGGAAGAACUCUAUCAUGAGCUGGAACCACUCUACCUGAAUCUCCAUGCUUUUGUCAGAAGAAAACUGUAUGAGUUGUAUGGCUCUACAUAUAUCAACUUGAAAGGCCCCAUUCCAGCUCACUUACUAGGUAACAUGUGGGCCCAGCAGUGGAACAACAUUUAUGAUAUGAUGGUCCCUUUCCCGAAUAAGCCCAGUCUGGAUGUCACCAAAGCCAUGAGGGAGCAAAACUGGACCGUAACACACAUGUUCCUGGUGUCGGAGGAGUUCUUCACCUCGCUUGGCAUGUUUGGAAUGCCACCUGAAUUCUGGGAGAAAUCCAUGCUGGAGAAGCCAACAGAUGGGCGGGAGGUGGUGUGCCAUGCAUCGGCAUGGGACUUCUUCAAUCGCAAAGACUUCAGGAUAAAGCAGUGCACAACUAUCACCAUGGAACAGCUAUUCACAGUGCAUCAUGAGAUGGGGCAUGUUGAAUACUACCUCCAGUAUAAGGACCAACCUGUCACCUUCCGCAGUGGGGCCAACCCUGGCUUUCAUGAAGCCAUUGGGGAUGUCAUGAGCUUGUCUGUCUCCACCCCGGUCCACCUCCAGAAGAUUGGGCUGCUCAGCAAAAUUACUGAGGAUGUAGAGAGUGAUAUCAAUUAUCUGCUUAAAAUGGCCCUGGAAAAGAUUGCAUUUCUGCCCUUUGGCUAUUUGAUAGACCAGUGGCGAUGGAAUGUCUUCAGUGGGCGCACCCCUCCCAGCCGCUACAAUUAUGACUGGUGGUACCUGAGGACAAAAUACCAGGGGAUUUGCCCUCCUAUUUCAAGAAAUGAAACAAACUUUGACCCUGGUGCUAAAUAUCACAUCCCAGGCAACACACCCUACAUCAGGUACUUUGUCAGUUUCAUCCUGCAAUUUCAGUUCCACAAGGCUCUUUGUGAAGCUGCCAACCACACUGGGCCUCUUCAUACCUGUGACAUUUAUCAAUCAAAAGAAGCUGGAAAGAAGCUCAGUGAGGCAUUGGAAACUGGAUCUUCUAAGCCAUGGCAAGAUGUUCUCCAACAACUCACUGGCAAAAAUAAGAUGAAUGCUUCAGCAUUACUGGAAUAUUUUAGCCCUGUCACUUUGUGGUUGGAGGAACAGAACAGGAAAACCAAUGAAACAUUGGGCUGGCCAGAUUUUGAGUGGCGUCCCCCUGUUCCAGAGGGCUACCCAGAAGGCCUUGAUAAAGUAACUGAUGAAGCAGAAGCUGAAAAAUUCUUGGCAGAGUACAACAGCACAGCUGAAGUGGUAUGGAAUGCGUACACAGAGGCUUCGUGGGCAUACAAUGUCAACAUCACAGAACACAACAAAAAGAUCAUGUUAGAAAAGAACCUGGAAAUGUCAAACCAUACCCUGCAUUAUGGCCUCCGAGCCCGAACAUUUGAUCCCACCGAUUUCAAGGACACCAGCAUAAAGCGUAUUCUGAAGAAACUGAGUGAUAUAGAACGGGCAGCCCUACCUGAAGAGGAGCUGAAGGAGUAUAACCAGCUCCUCUCAGAAAUGGAGACAAUUUACAGCGUAGCCAAAGUCUGUACCUCAGGGUCAGCGUGCAAGGCAUUGGAUCCUGAACUUACAGACAUCAUGGCUCAAUCAAGGGACUACAGUGAGCUCCUUCAUGCCUGGAAAGACUGGCGAGAUGUAUCAGGGAAAAAAAUAAGAACUCAUUACAAGAGAUAUGUGGAGCUGAGCAAUAAAGCUGCCAAACUGAAUGGUCAUACAGACAAUGGUGCUUUCUGGAGAUCACUGUAUGAAACACCAACUUUUGAAGACGAUCUGGAGAACAUCUGGCAGCAACUUCAACCACUGUACUUCAAUUUGCAUGCCUAUGUGCGUCGGGCUCUCUACAAGAAGUAUGGGGCAGAACUCAUCAAUCUCAAAGGCCCUAUCCCAGCUCAUCUGCUAGGAAACAUGUGGGCACAAUCAUGGGCAAACGUUUUUGACCUUGUCAUGCCUUUUCCCAAUGCCAUCAAAGUGGAUGCUACACCAGCCAUGAAACGCCAGGGCUGGACUCCAAAGAAAAUGUUUGAAGAGUCUGAUAAUUUCUUCAAAUCCUUGGGCCUCAUUCCGAUGCCACCUGAAUUCUGGAAUAAAUCCAUGCUGGAAAAGCCAAGUGAUGGGAGGGAAGUGGUCUGCCAUGCCUCAGCCUGGGACUUCUAUAAUCGCAAGGAUUUCAGGAUUAAGCAAUGCACUGUUGUGAAUAUGGAUGAUUUAAUAACAGCUCACCAUGAAAUGGGUCAUGUCCAAUACUUUCUACAGUACAAGGACCAGCCCAUCUCAUUCCGUGAUGGAGCCAAUCCAGGAUUCCAUGAAGCCAUCGGAGAUGUCAUGGCCUUAUCAGUAUCUACCCCAAAGCACUUGUACAGCAUCAAAUUGCUGGAUCAGAUUGAAGAUAGUACGGAGAGUGACAUCAACUACUUGAUGAGCAUUGCACUGGAUAAGAUUGCUUUCCUGCCCUUUGGCUACUUGAUGGAUCAGUGGAGAUGGAAAGUGUUUGAUGGACGCAUUCCCGAAGAUGAAUACAAUCAACAGUGGUGGAAUCUCAGGAUGAAAUACCAAGGGCUAUGCCCGCCUGUGCCAAGAUCAGAAGAAGACUUUGACCCAGGGGCAAAAUUUCAUAUCCCUGCCAAUGUCCCUUAUGUCAGGUACUUUGUCAGUUUCAUAAUCCAGUUCCAGUUCCAUCAAGCCCUUUGCAAAGCUGCUGGCCACGUAGGACCCUUGCACAAGUGUGACAUCUACCAGUCUGAGAAAGCUGGUGCUAUCCUGGGGAAUGCCUUGAAGCAGGGCUAUAGCAAGCCAUGGCCAGAAGUCAUGCAGCUUAUCACAGGGCAACCCAACAUGUCGGCUGAGGCCUUGCUGUCCUAUUUUGAACCACUGACAAAAUGGCUGAUCAACAUGAACUUGCAAAAUGGUGAAACUCUUGGCUGGCCUGAAUACACCUGGAUACCCUAUGCAGGCCAGCAAGCAAACAAGAAAGUCAGUUUCCUUGGGAUGUCACUGAGCAGCGGUCAAGCCACAGCAGGCCAGUGGAUAUUGCUUAUCAUUGGUCUUGUCCUCCUUGGUGCAACAAUAGUCCUGGGAGUCAGAUACUACCACAUGAGGAGAGGGAACCUCAAACCUAGCUUGGAAAUGGAAUUGAAAUAAGUUGUGUGUUUUUAAUCUCUCUUUUGCUGUGCCUCCACUUGAGUGUGCAAAAGGAUUAUGGGAGGCUGUGUGUGUAGUGUGUAUGCAUAUGCAUGAGUGAGUGUCUUAAUGAAUGAGUGUUUGUGUAUGGGUGUGAGAGAGGAUGUGUACAUAUUAAUAAGGUAUAAGAGUUGUGUUUCUCUGUACCUGUAAGUUUUGUGAUAAAGACUGGGAAAGAGUGUGUGCUUCUGUGUAGAUAUACACAAUACAUGUUUGUGUGCCAGAGUGCUAUAACUAAUGAGUAUGUGUUGGGGCAGGGGGCACGUGUGUGUGUGUGUGUGUGUGUGUGUGUGUGUGUGUGUGUGUGAGAACACAUCUGCGUGUGGCCUAACACGGAACACAUAAUUCAAGUGUGAACAAAACUACCCAUGUGCUCACUGAUCCAGGCUGUGUAUGCUACUGUGAGGAGCAGCCUUGUCUAAAGCAGGUCAGUGAUGCCAACAACAGCCAAGGCACAGGACUCUUUCUUCUGAUUACUACAACAAACCUUUGAUUAUGCAAGAGCCAAAGCAAAAGAAAAAAGAACAAAAGAAAAAAAAGAAAAAAGAAAGAAAAUGUGAGCCUCUUAUUUAUUGUAAAUGUCUGGAUUCUUGAAAUAAGAAAAAACAAAGAGGAAUGAAGAAUGGAACUGCAGUGAUUAAUUUUUGGUGGUGGGAAUGACAGAACUGUAUAAAUCAAUGGCAACUUGAUGGGUUUCCUAAAGUUUGAAUGUUUUCAUUUGUGGAGAUGAUGAAUUCUACAAGAUUUGAUGUAGCUCUAGCAGGGGAUAUGUUAUGCAGCAGAGGCUGUGAUCCUUCUGGUUGGAGGGAUGUUGUGUGUAUAUGUGUUGGCUUCCGGCAGUGUUUAACAGGUUAUUUGGUACAUGAAUGGCAAUUAAAAGGGAUCAUAGUCUCCACAACAUAAAUGGCUCCACCAUUUCUUACAAAAGAGGAAGUAGACAGACGAGGGUGGAUUGCACAUCAGCUAUCGCUUACAAAGAAAAUGAGGAAAGAAAAUAAUUACUUUGCCAACAGAACUGUUUGUUGUACACUGCCUUAAUUGUGGGAAACCACUCUUUAAAAUGAGUGCUUACACAGUGAUGGAUUCCACAUUAAGCUAUGACUUACUCCGAGUAGUAAAUAAGCUUCCUAAAGCCUGUUGCUAUCCCUUUGUUAGGAAGUAUGCAAGAUACUGCAAUUGCAGCUAUACUGAUUUCCUACAAUGCUUCCCUUUCCACCUUCUGCAAGACUGGAUUUUUAUUAUUAUUAUUAUUAUUAUUUGCAUUGUAUCUCCUGCUGUAUAAUGCCUGCAUGAUAGAAUGCCCUGCUAUGGAAACAAGACAAACAUUACACACAAGGAGCUAAGGUUUCAGAGAGAAGAUAAGAUUAGAACUCUUCUCUCUGCCACUGUUUGUGAUAGGAUGUUAUUACUGUUGUUAUUUUUAUUGUCAUAGGAAGUGACAUCUGACCAUGUGCGCUGUCACCUGCAGUAGGAAAUGGUGCAGCCCAAAUACAGGUUCACCUGUUACAUUUAUUCUUCAUAAGAAGUACGUAGCCAUGGAAUUGAGUGCACAAGUAAGUUCAGAAUCUUGAACUUCUCUCAUUUUAAACAAAACUGAAAACUGGCACAUUAGGGUUCUGUGAAAACGAGUACAGUGGUCUUAUAAGAUAGGUUCUUACCAACUUCCCUCUUUCUCUGAUUUUGUCACACACAUCCACACACACACUCUUGCCAGUGUGUAGGAGGUAUAGUGAGAAGCUGUGGAUUCAGACUGGGAGAAGAUCCUGUUCCCCACUAAACUCCAUAGACCCUUCUUUGCCAGGGUCAGCCGCCUUGCUGCUCAUCACAAUGUCCAUAGCAUAUAAAUAAUAAACAUCCCAAAGUGAAUAACAUAAAGGAUCAGGCAAAUGAGAUUUCAUUCUUUGGGUCCUUCUGGAAGUGGCUUGCCCUCAGAUCCAACUGCGAAAGAUUUUAUUAAACUAGGAAGAAAAUUGUUUUUACCUAGACUAAAUAUCGGAACACUCCAAGGGGGCCCAGAUCAUGAGAAAAACAUACUAAAGAAUACCUCAUCUUUGUUCUCUGUAGUUAACGAUACUGAAUGACAAGAGGAGGGAGUCCCUCCUGUUGUGGCUGGCAAAUGGGUGUUUGAUUUAAAAGAGAGGAGGAUGCCAAAGGAGUAAUGAUUGCUGGCCAUCUUAGAAAGUAUAUCUCGAGGCAUGCAGGCAAUGCCUAAUGAAAUUUAAACAGACUUCUAUUGAGAGCAAGGCUUUAUUUUUUUUGUGUAUGUGUUGUGUCUUGCUGUUCCUCAUUCUUAGAAGGAUAAUAUAUUAUGCAUAUACAACAUGCCUCCACAAAACCCAUUUUUCUUCAAUAACUACAUGUGUUAGAUGCCUCUCUAGGAGUUUCAGAUGUUUGCCACUUCUCUAAUGCAACGGAGGGGGAUCAUUAAGAUUUAGGACUGGGAUGGAUUAGCUUUUGAUGGUUACUCUGUUCAUGUGAUCAAGACUUUAUACUAUGUCCAUAGAUGGAUUUGGCUUCCUAUAUGGGUCACAUGGUAAAUACCUCUGUCAGAUUCUCAUCAGCUCAGCUAACCCUUGUGAACAGGGGUGGGCAAAGCACAAACCUCCAGUUGUUUUUAGGUUGGCUACACUGGGUCUUAGAGCUCAACAACUUGUGAAGCUCACAAACAGUUUGCUCUUGGUCUGUAUUAUACCACCCCAGAGCUUGUUUUACCAAGGAGGAAGGAGGAAGUAGCUGUCACAAGCAAC